AUGGCGCCCAGUCUACAGGAACUGAUAGAUUUCCUGCUCAACGAGGUCGCGCUUUGCGGCAACCAAGGCACGACCUUGCCGGAGGUCCUCAAGUCUAUUGACACUUUCUACCAGACUCACUCCAAGAGUGCCUCUCAGCUGCAACAGACUGUUGAUCGUCUCUUCAAAGUAAAGGUCUGGUCAUGGCUGACGCGCAAUCCUGAGGUGUCUGUGGGAAAGAACGGUGAAUGGAAUCGACUCAGCCUCGAUGAAGCGGAAGAGCUUGACAGCCAGUUUAACCAAAAUUCCCAGGCGAGCACCGAAGCGGAAAAAUCUGAUCAGCCCCAAGAUGAAGCCCCUCCUGGAUCGGCUUCGCAGCUCCGGAUCUUUGUGUCCACCGAGAGAAUGUGGGUUGCGAUUGCCGGCCAUGAGCCUGAUGACAACAAGGUCCCACCUUCAGAGUUCGUCUUGCUCUCUAUCAUUGCUUCGUACGGCCAUGCUGGCGUCGCGCAAACAGAGUUGGUGAAACUCAGUGGCCAAGACAAACGAUCUGUUCCCAAACGAACCGAUGCAUUGGUACGUAAGGGAUACAUCGAGAAGCGCGCAAUCCAAAUCAAAGCAGCACGAACCAGUCUCUGCACUCUUCGUCGAUUUUCGCAGUCUGCAAUCGGCGAAGCGAGCGAUUCAAAGUCCCAGGGGACCCAUGAUCGACCCAUGAUCGACUUUGCCGCGUUCAUCAGCAGCCUGUUUGAGAUUCUCAAGAAAUAUGGCAUCAUCACACGCAAUGACCUCAAGAAACAGCUCGGUUUCAAUGAUAAUUGGCGAUGGAGAAUUCUUUCUCGUGCCCUUCGGAAGUUUGAGCGCAUUGGGGUUAUCAAGCGCGUGAGGGCACAGUCCCAGUACGAUCGGCUACACCCAUGUGUCAUGCUGGUCCGUGAACCUACGGAGAGGGACAUGGAGAAGUUCCAUGAGUAUACCCGGAACGACCUGAUCAAAGACGACGGUGAUGGAGCGGAGGUGGACGACGAAAUGGAAAUGGAUGAUACCGGGCAGAGAAGAUCCUCAGGCGCAGAUGAAGACGAUGUGGUUGUGAAACAAGAGGACAAUGUGCUGGAGGCUGGACGAACAGUACCGUCCUGGACGCCGGAUCGUAUUACGGGCAACCAGCUCUUUGACAUCAUUGACAGAGCUGGAACGACCGGAAUAGCCAAUGUGAAUAUCAACCGGAUCUUAUUCGGGUCAUUCUACCGCAGACCCUCCGAAAGUAUUUUGCAUCGUUUGACCGACUGCUGGCAACUCUCUCAGCCACUUCAUAUUCGGCAUUUGGCAAUUGUGCGAGAUACAGCCAUCGACAAAACUGUGUUCUACUACAUCCACUAUUCUGCCAGGAAUUUUGCGAAAAUAGUCGAGGCCGGUGAUUCCUCGUGGGAAGCUGUUGAGUUUGCGGGCAAGACUGGCAAAGCAAACAAGGCCCAACUUCCACCUCCUGACGCUAAGCCACAACUCGACCAAUACGGACUCCCUUCAGGCCCACCUUCCCAGCCCUUGGUGAAGAAUGGCACGGCCAGUUUGUUCGAAUGUGUCGCUGCGUGCAGACCAUCAAAUUACCUGCUUUCGAGCGCCGAUCCCAAGGCAGUCCAGAUGACAGACGGCACUUUUGCUGUCCAAAAAGGCCCGGGACAAAUUCUAUUUGGAACCCCGAUGCAAUCACCCGUCCCAACUAAAAGUACUGGUCGCCCUAAAGGGUCUUUGAACCGAGCAACCGUGAUGAAAAUGGCUAGAAAUACCCCUCAAACUUCGAAUUCGCGAGUCAUUGAGGAACCCCCCGAGGCCCUGGAAUUCACACCCUCCAGGACGGUUAAAAGCAAACAGAGGCAAAUGGAUGGCCUAUCUAGGAAAGAGAGAUUCGAAGCCAGGGGCAUGGAUGAAACGUGGACUGAGUACAAUGUUUUGCUCAUCGACCGUCCCACUGCAGGUGUUUAUAUUACGCCUCAGGGCAAGAGGAGGCCGGCAGGAAAGAGACAAGGUCGUCCGAAACAAAGCCGGAUUGCAGUUUUCAAAUCUGACAAAUUGGCCUCUUUUCCAUGGUUUGUCCAGGAUGCCAACGACUCGGAUGCCGAGGGGACCGGUCUGAGUGUUCCAGGGUCCGUUGCCCAUGAAAUUACUCCUUUGACACCCACCCCUUCAACCACAAGGCGGUCUAAGCGACCCAAGGGUGUUUUGGAUCAGAUCGAUUCCCCUACUCCAACCGAGGCGAGCGAUUCAACAUUUUAUCGGGGAAGGAACAUCAAACGACCCCGUAUUGAUACUGAUAAAGCUGACCAGACCAAAUCUGGUGACGCUGAAGACUCGCCACAGAUCGUGCAGUCAACAGCACAAGCAAAAACAGUUUCGACAAAUAGUCGAGCCAAGAGUGCUGCUGUACACCCGCUGAGUAUUGAAGUGGAUCAAGGAAAAACGCCGAAAAGACGCCGACUUGAAUCUCCAGAUCACGUUAACAACAAGGAUUCAUCGUCGGUACAACCCAAUGGUUCCGUCAGCCAGUCAAUCAAGGCUUCACAGCCAACGAUUUCAUCCAAGGAGAUGUCCCCGUCUGUUGCGUCAGACUCGCCAAAGAAUGCAAAAAGGCAUGCGGCGGCCGACAGAGGCGGUUCUAUUUCCAUCAUUCGGCGGAAGAUCAUCAUGGAGAUCGUGGAAAAGGCCGGUGGCGCCUACCCAUCUGGAAACGAGAUUUGGUAUCCGUUUGUGACUUUCUGGAUGAAAUACAACCGCAAAGAGAGGCCGGACAUGCGGACUAUCAAAACAUCGAUCAAGAACAUCGUUGAUUCCGGCAAGCUUCGCCAAUUGACUUUCAGUGGCAGAGAUCUUAAAGGGGUGAUGGUUACAAGAACCAUCUUGGCGAAGCCUGAUAUUUCUCCAAACGAUCCGUUGGUCAAGGGCAUGCAGCAGCAAGUACUGGCCACAGACCCCCGCGAGCCGAGGAUCUCCUAUUCUCCUCACGUGGAUGUGGACCCCAUCUUGAUCAGGCAAAACGUGCCUAUCACCCAGAGGUUCAAACUGCCUGUUGUGGCCAAUACGACUGUUCAUUUGCACCAUAAACCUGCAUUCGCUGUCAAUGAAGAGAAGAGGCAAGAGCGCCAGGUCAACAGAGCGCUUAUGAGACAAUUGGAGGGCGAGAUCGAUACCAGAAAUUCUAAGACCAAGCGCCUCUUGACAACUCAACGUCGGCCAGCGGAAGGAGAUUCUUCGGGCACUAUUCAUACAUCGAUUGCUCGACCUGCUCCACGGCCGAGAGGAAGACCCAGGAUCGAACGACCGGUGAAGAUCGUAUCUGCCAUUGGAUCUACCAACUUGUUGAUGAACCCGGGUCAGAUGUUCUAUCCGCAAAGUGGCACUUUUACCACAGGAGCUCGACUUGCCAGAGGUCGACAGACGAAGGACAAGCUGCCUAUGCUACCACUUGAAGUUGAGAACUCUGUCCAGCACCUGACACAACUGGCGCGCCAGACAGAAGACCCAUCGAGCACAUCGGACAAGAUCCUUAAGUGGGAGCUUAAUCAUGGGGAGUUCUUCGAUGCCAUUCUUGAACACCACCCAUAUGUCGACCAGGCCCUUGAUCAAAAUACGUUCCACGCAGCCCCAAUCGAGGGGAAUAUUCGCUUCGACAUCGACCAGCCGGUCAGGGUACCUUCAGGACUUCGUCCGCCCAAUCAAACCCGAAAGGCCCGCCGAUCAUCACAGUUUGUACCGAGACAACGUCGCCUGGAUGCAGUGGACACCUCGCUGGAGGCGCGCAAAGAAACCCAGCGAGAUGGCUUGAAGCCGCCGCUUCGGCGCCAGCGACUCACUACCACAAUCUCUGACACGAUGUAUCGGAAGAUCAUGGCAGCCAUUGUCGUUGUCCGGGUGCUGGCCGGUGGAUGGGAGGCCAGAGUGAUUGAUUGGGAACUUGUGUCGGCAGCAUUUCCUUCUGAAGACCCAAAUUUCAUACACGAUCGAGCGAAGUCAAUUCUCAGCAGGAAUCGACUGCAGAUCCUCAAGAUGCAGCGUGAUUUCCAAGAACGAUUCCUCGAGGCAUACAAGAAGGGACGGGUCCCGAAAAUCGACUAUUCGAACCUCGAAAAGUACAACUGGCCGGCAGUCGUCGAGUGGGCGAAUAUCGAACUCGACGUCACCACAUCUGAGAGGGCUCCCUCUCUCCCGGCGACCCGCGAACAGUUCGAUAGCAUCUUCGAACUUCGCGAAGAUCCCGUUACCAACGGUGAUGAGCUGUUUGGAACCACGUCGAUGAUCACCACGACCCACAAGCGCACUCUCACAACCCGUGUGCCGUUCGCCGUUCCCAUGGACACCGGAAAAGCCGCACCAGCAGGACCACGAAAGGCCGAGAUCGCUCGCCUGGAAGUCGCCAAGUCAUGGGUUCGUGCGAACAUCGUCACACCGGAACUAGCAUAUCGACCAGAAGAAGCGAGAAAGACCCUGAGUCGCUUCGGUGCGCCCCUGGUCGAGUCCGCUACUCAGUGUCUGUUGACAGACCGAAUCAUCGGCAUGGGCAACCGGGGCCGUAUCGUACCAGGUCGCAACUACGAUAUCACCGAUCACCUCCUGCAGCAGAUCAACCGCAAGCGCACGAUCGAAUGCACUAUUCUACGUCGCGCAGUUCAUUACAAAACAACCGUUCUAGACCCGCAGUUCCAAAGUGGAGGCAGCCUCGAGGUCAAUUACGCUGCGGACGAUGGUGACAUCCUCACGCUGAUUAACCUCGCCGCUGCUGGCCGUCUCACUCUCAAGCCACGCGACGCCCCGAAGGCCAAGUUCGGGCUGACCACUGGCGGGUAUCUUACAAGACAAAUUGACAGGUCUAAACUCCGCUUCUCCAUUGAUAUCUACCCGACCACUUCAUACGUCUACGGGAACCCGCUCCAGGAACGGAUUGAAUCCAUAGGUCCUCCGCCACCGCCAGCAUUCCAAGAAGACGGCACUGCGCCGAAGGUCCCCUUCUGGUUCGACAUUCACGGGGGCCUCAUCCGGCCCAUCUGGGAAAUGGCCAUUGCCUCCGUCAUUGGCUGCGUUGCCAUUCGUGAGGGUGUAAGUGCGCAGACCAUCAGCGGAAUGAUCAAACCUGCUCUAGGCGCCUGGGAGAUCGAGUUACUGCUGGGUUGGCUGGCCGACGUGGGCGUGGUAACUCGAGAGGAAACCGGGGGCUACACGGGCUGGAAGGUACGCGAGUUCUGGUGGAUGAUUCUGACUUGA